AUGUCUGGAGAAGCCAAUGAAUCCAUUCCUUUCGAAAGCGCCGAUGAGCCCAUACCAUACAACCCACCUUUCUCCCGCGCCCAAGUUCUGCAGUCGUCGAACGAAGACCUUUACAUUAAGACUGCAAAAUUUGCCAUUCAAUUCGCCAUUUUGGGUUAUACCGAUACGGCAUCGGAGCUGAUUAGCAAAUUAAACAACCAUGAUUGGUACCACGGCAGGCACAUAGGGAUCCGUCCUCUCUGGCAACUCUGGGACCAGAUAAACCAUUGGCCUGACGGUGAACUAGAUCGUGUGAGGGAGUCUAUCAAAGAUAAUAGAAAGAGGGCUGCGGGGAAGAGAGUUAAGGACAAUCAGGGCGAAGAGACGGGAAAGAAGAUCAAGUUGGACGUGGACGAGAGCCCAAUCACAGACGACGACGUGAAGAAAGAGGUGGAUAGUAUGUAUCAUAGCUACUCAAAAUCCUGGUGGUAUCCUGAGGUACCGCAAUUUUGGGCAUAUGGGGGUGUGCAUGUGCCGCCCAGUCCGCAUAGUCAGGAAGUCGAUCUGUCGAUUGAGGACUUGAGGAAAAAAACGAGAGACUUGAUUAGUGCAUUUCAUGGGUGGGAUGAGCCGGGAAAAUAUCAAGAUGCAGUAAAGGGCGAGUCGCCGAUAGAGCCUUCAGGGGCUUUGGCGAGUGCUCUGGAAUUGCGAAUCAGAUUGCGGGAGAAAGGCGGAGGCGGCGAUGACGGUGUACCCAGUGAAGAUGAGAUCCUGAGUAUGAUCGCGAAAAGGUUGGGGGCGAGGAGUCAGAUACAUGAGUUGACGCAGUCGCGACGGGUAUGGCCGAUGUUAAACGACGGAGCUUUACCCAAGAUAUUAGGUAUCGACAAGACCAAAGUCAAUCUUUUCGCUGAACAGCUCGUGGAAGUGGUAACGGAGCGCUUGGUAAAGGGUAGGCUGUCCCUUUCCGAGCUCUCGAUCAAACAGAUCGUAGAACUCAUCAACAUGAACACACUCACAAACCCGGACUCCAUCCGGACUUUCCAAGAACGAGACGACGAAGCGCCCUCCACUAUAUUACACGAUCCCGCUCCAGCCUCCGUUGUCGUGAAGACGGAGGAACGCCUUGACACCAAACUACCCGAUGACUAUAAGGAGUACCUUAGCAUCACGAACGGCAACGAGCCAGCUUUCGGUGGCAUAAUCAUGGAAGCUCCACUCUGGAAAUGCGAGGACAUCCGCUGGUUUGCAGACGACGAGGACUACUUUGCGGAUCUUUGUAUCGAUAUCCCAGGAGAUAUGUCGAGUAUAACGCACGAGAUAGCCAACGACGGGCUAGAUUGGACUAAGAUUGGAAGAGGUAUCAUCAUCGGGCAGGAAGAUAUCGAUAAUACUUUCUUGAUCCCGCCUGCGACCAUUGAACGCGUUCAAGAAAAGGUCAGGUCUGUUCUUGAAAGUAGGGACGAGAAGGUAACCCGCGAAGUGAAGGAUAGUGUGAGGCACGCUGUAAAUGAUUUUGCUGGUAGUAUGGAGGAGUUUAACAAGCUCGAGUGGUGCUGUUUAACAUGGGCGAGCGGAGGUGCGGUGCAAAUGGAUGGGUACAAAAGCUUCAAGGCUUAUUUAAGGCAUGUAGCAGAGAGUAGCGGGACGUUAGACAAGGAUCUUUGGCAUUCUGGAUCGGGAGAGUUCUUUGGAUAUUCGAUGGUGGAUUAA